CCCUGUCUCCUUUUCCCUCACGCAUUCCCCUUUCUUUUCCUUGCUCCCUUCUCCAUUUCCAGCUGUUUUUGGAGUGUGCAGAGAAAACGAGAAAAGUUCUCCACCAAUUGUCUCGGACCUGAGAGGAGCUCAGCGGUUGGACCCCACCCUCCUUCUGUCUCUCUCCCCUCUCUGUUCUAUUGCUCUCUUCCUCUCUCGCGUUUUCUCUCCUCCCCUUGCUUGUGAGAGAGCACACCUGCUUGAAUUUGGCUGCACACGCUCCGAGUCCAAUUACCCCAUUCUCAGCCACUUCACAGUUUCAUCCCCCCCACUUGACUGGAUUUUGGGAGUCAGGCUCAUCUAACCGGCUUCUCCUCUUCUUUGCCUUGCUUCUGCUGGGAACAGGAUCCAGGUUCGCAGCACCAUGAGGUCAGCCUGUCUUUCUCUGCUCCUUGUCACUGCCUGCUGGGCUCUCCCCUUCCAACAGUCCGGCUUCAUGGACUUCAUGAUGGAGGAUGAAGCUGGAUCGGGUGUGACUCCAGACCCUAGAUUGCCAGUCUUCCCGCCUGUAGUUGAAGGACCCAAGUGCCCGUUUAGAUGCCAGUGCCACCUGCGUGUGGUCCAGUGCUCUGACAUCGGUCUGAAGACAGUCCCCACGGACAUCCCUGAUGAUACCACUCUGCUGGACCUGCAGAACAACAAGAUCACUGAGAUCAAGGAGAACGACUUCAAGAACCUAAAAGGACUUCAUGCUCUGAUCCUCGUGAACAACAAAAUCUCCACCAUCCAUCCUAAAGCCUUCAGCCCUCUGGCCAGGCUGCAGCGCCUGUACCUGUCAAAGAACUUGCUGAAGGACAUGCCUGCCAACAUGCCAAAGAGUCUGCAGGAGCUUCGCAUCCACGAGAACGAGAUCACCAAGAUCAAAAAGGCCACCUUCCAGGGCAUGGCCCAAGUCAUUGUCAUGGAACUUGGGUCCAACCCUUUGAAGAGCGCCGGAGUUGAGGCCGGUGCUUUUGCUGACCUGAAGAGGGUCUCUUACAUCCGCAUUUCAGACACUAACAUCACAGAGAUCCCCAAAGGUCUGCCCAGCUCUCUGUCUGAGCUUCACUUGGAUGGAAACAAGAUCACCAAAGUGACGGCCAAUGGCCUGAAAGGUCUCAAGAACCUGGCAAAGCUGGGUCUGAGCUACAACGCCAUCAGCUCUGUGGAAAACGGCACUCUGGCUAACGUACCCCACCUGCGAGAGCUGCACCUGGACAACAACGCUCUGACCAGCGUUCCUCCAGGCCUUCCCGACCAUAAGUACAUUCAGGUGGUCUAUCUCCAUGGCAACAAGAUUGCUGCUGUGGGAACAGAAGACUUCUGUCCUCCCGGCUUCAACACCAAGAAGGCCAUGUACUCCGGCAUCAGCCUGUUCAGCAACCCGGUGAAUUACUGGGACGUCCAGCCGGUCACCUUCCGCUGCGUCUUCGACCGCUCCGCCAUCCAGCUCGGAAACUACAGGAAGAAGUAGAGAAGGAAGAAGUGUGUGUUUGUACAUGAACGCAUGAACAUUUUGUAAGUGUGUGUGUUUGACCAUAGCUCCUACAACUCUGACCCCCCCAGCCCCUCCACACACUCUGUACAUGGACCUUAAACACAACACGUUAAUUACCAAUAUUUAGCAUCAAAGUUGAUUUGAGGGUUAUAAACACGACUUACGGUAAACUUCAGAACACUACGGCUACACACACACACACACACAGCUCAGCAUACAGCCAGUUAAAACUGCAUUUCCAUUCCAGCUGUAACACAGUCAUUUGCAGAGAUGAAC